CGUUUCAUUGCUGCUGGUAAAACUUUCUAUUUCCCUGUAAAAAUCUUGUUUUAGUAAUCUCAAUACAAUUCAUUCCUGACCGCAAUGCGGUGAUCUUCAGGUAUAUAACUCAGUUUAUGUCUUGAAUUUGGUCAGGUAGGGUUCAUCCUGGGACCAACACUUUGGGGAAGUAGUUCAUUCUUGACAUCAGUUUAUUCAAUAAAAAGUAUCCAGACCAGCUCGACAUUUGCUUUCUUUGGAUGCAUUUUUUAUAUAUUUUUGAUUGGAAUAAAGAUGGACCUGGGGAUAGUGAAGAGAGCAGGAAGGAAACCUGUGGUCAUAGGCUUCCUUACUUUCUUGUUUCCAGUAACGUUGAACCUGAUUGUGGCUGGAAUUCUUAGCGGAAAAAGGGAAUUGAACCCGGUUCUACUUAAGUCUAUUUGGCACGUUGCAAUUUUUCAAGCUGUUACCUCCUUUCAUGUCAUUGUCUGCCUUUUGGCUGAUCUGAAACUCGUUAACUCGGAGCUUGGCCAGUUAGCUAUAUCUUCAUCAAUGAUCAGUGGCAUGUGUAGUUGGGGCCUGGUUAUUGUGAUUUUAUUUAUAACAGAACUAAAACAUGAGCCGUUUUGGAUUCUGCUGUGUCCUAUAUCGUUGAUUGUACUCAUAUUCUAUGUAUUGAGGCCCCUUAUGGUUAAGAUGAUUGCGAAAACCCCUGAAGGAGAACAGGUCAAAGAGGGAUACGUGUUGUCUAUCUUUAUCAUGGUAUUAGGAACUGCAUUCCUUAGUGAAGUUUUAGGGUACCAUGUGGUAUUUGGGGCUACCGCUUUGGGCAUCGCAGUGCCUCAUGGGCCACCAUUAGGAACAGCAUUAGAGAACAAGAUUGAAUCAUUUGUUUCUUCGAUCCUCCUGCCAAGCUAUUUUGUGUUAAGUGUCUCACGCGUUGACCUCCUUUCGAUACAUUCUGAAACUGUGUUUGUUAUCAGUAUGUUUGGUUUAACUAGCUUCAUUGGGAAAGUUUUGGGCGGCAUGUUGCCUGCACUCUUCUUCAAAGUUCCUCCUGUUGAAGCAUUUUCACUGGGCCUUGUAAUGAGUUGUCAAGGCAUUUCUGACGUUCUACUCGUACAGCAUGGCCACCUCACUUUCCUUGUUGACCGUCAGAUGUACAGUAUGAUGGUCAUAAACAUGCUUUUUGUGUCAGGAACCUUCACACCUCUAAUCAAAUUCCUUUACGAUCCAUCCAGACAUUACAAAGCCAGCAAUAAAAGAACAAUCCAUCAUACUAGUCUCAAUAUGGAGUUUCGCAUUCUGGCCGGCAUGUAUCACCAAGAUUCCACGCCUUGUAUGAUUAGACUUCUCGAGAUUUCCAAUCCAACAGCCAAGACUCCCAUGUGCUGUUACAUAGUCCACCUGGUCCAGCUCGUUGGCAGUUUAUCCCCACUCUUCAUGUAUCAUGAGCCUGGAGCAACUGCAAAACUCCCCACCAAGGAUUGCGGUCGUAUCAUAAAUGCCUUCAGAUUAUACGAGCAAGAGAGCAAUGGUAAUGUUAUUGUCAACUUAUUCACAUCCAUAUCGCCUUUUGCCUCUAUACAUGAGGAAGUUUGUAGGCUUGCCGUGGAGAAGAGAACAUCCGUGGUGAUUAUCCCAUUUCAUAUGCAAUGGGGAUUUCAUGGCAUAGAAGACAUCACAGAAGCCAGGGCUGUUAACCGUCAUAUUCUUGCGAAGGCCCCAUGCUCUGUAGGUAUCUUGGUUGAUCGAGGCACCUUAAGUGCCUCCAAACACCAUUUUGUAUACAAAAUUGGAAUCAUUUUUGUUCAUGGAAGAGAUGAUAGGGAAGCUUUAGCAUAUGGUUUGAGAAUGGCGAAACACGCAAAAGUUUCUCUCACUGUGAUCCAUUUGAUCGAUCCGGCCGAGGGAGCCGUGCAGUCUCUUGAUAUGGAUCUUGACGAUGAUAUUAUCACUGAGUUCAAAGCCGCAUCCGCUGGAAAAAAGCGUCAUUCCUACAUAACGGAAUUCGUAAAGGACAGUGUAGAAUUGAUUACUGUGAUUAGAUCCGUUCAAAAUUCCUAUGAUCUAAUUUUGGUGGGGAGACACCAUCGCAGCUUCUCACCAAUAUUUAUGGGACUUACUGAAUGGAAUGAGUUUCCAGAGCUUGGAUUCUUGGGAGACGUGCUAGCAUCAUCAGAUUCCCAGUGCCAGGUUUCUGUGCUUGUGGUGCAACAACAAGUGUAUAGAGCUGGAGACAGGAUGAAUAGUGCCAAAAACCUUUUGGAAGAUUCAGCAGAAACUGUAGAAAUAAUUUUUGAGUCUACCCAAGGUUGGAAAGACAUAGAUAUUAGUAGACAUAGGAUGCAACCACGCUAGAUAUCUACUAAAUAUUUCUGUCUAUGUAAUGUAAUGCUAUAGGAACUUUUUUAUUUUGAAGAGAAUAUAUUUGCUAAAUAUGG